UUCUGCUCAAUAAAAUAUAAUAACCACUGAUUGCGCAUUUAAUAAUAAGAGCUGAUAGACAGGAAUGAAAAUACACACGACACAGUUAUGUGUUAUGUUCUAUGCAUGUGUCACCAAGUGUUUUUCUCUUUUUUCUGUAAAACAAGAAAGUUUGACAUGUCGUUUGGAACCAGGGAUCAAUUAGCAGCUAUCAAACAUGUCAUGUCAGCCGAAUAGCCUCUUCUAGUUUGUAACCUUUCCUAUGUGCGUUGUUAAUAAUGACCCACCCAUAUACAGUCGCCUAAUUAAAAGCAGAGUUACAGUGAAGUCUGGCAUCGCGCCGCGGGGUGUGUCCUGCACCGUGUUGGUAUUUCUGUAUCUGAGCAUUAUGGACUGCUGAAUAGUAGGAGACCGGUUAUAACCUCAGGAUAUUCGCUUAGGAACUGUCUCAAAACAGACAGCGCCUGUCCAGGAAUCCUGACCGCUGUCUUCAAGGCAAUGGCGCAAAACCCGGAACCCGGCCGCCAGACUCUGAAAAGGAAGGCAAAAUUUGCACCUCGAGUUCCGUACAGAUACCAGAAGCUGCAUAAGGCUGCCAUGACCACCUGCAGCAAAGCCCCUGAUGACCAGCCCUCCCUGGGCUACCUGUCCCCCCAAGAGGUGGUCUGCAUCAACCAGUACAUAGAGCUCAUGGUUGUGCCACAGUCCAGGCCAGCCCCCCUGGACAUGCUGGCGGCCGGUGAAAAACACGAAGGGUUAAAGACAGAGGAAGAAAGCACGGGGCUGAGCUCCAUCGGGAUAGAGGAUUUCUUCAGUCCGAGGCCAGGGGAACAGCAGGCAGCUAAAAUCGUGGUGGCGCUUGGCGUGGCAGGGGUUGGGAAGACCACUCUUGUCCACCAGCUUGUGCACGCCUGGGUGGCUGGCAAGAUUUCCCGAAGGUUUGCCUUUGUGUUCCUGUUCCGAUUCCAGGAGCUCAACCUGAUGGAGGAAGAGCUCUCCCUCGCCAGACUAAUAGCGGAGAAGCAUAAGCACCUGAAGCAAGGCACGGUCAAAGAAAUCCUGCAGAGACCCGUGUCUGUCUUACUCAUAUUUGAUGGCUUAGACCAGUACAAGCACAGCCUGGAUUUCAGCCUGCCCUGCUCCGACCCGGACAGGGCUGUUCCUAUCCCCUCGCUGGUUGCCAGUCUGAUGUCGGGGACCCUCCUGAGCGGAAGCUCCGUUCUCCUCACAGCAAGGCCUGCAGCCGACCUGAGUGGAGCCAAAGUCGAUCGGUACGUGGAAGUCUUGGGGUUCCGCGAUCUUCAGCGACGGGCCUACUUCGAUCAGUUCUUCAAGGACACUCAGCUUGCAGCCAGAGCAUUCCAGCAAGUGGAGAAGAGCGAUGGCCUCUACACCUUGUGCUACAAUCCCUUCUUCUGCUGGAUGGCUUGCUCCGUAUUGCAGAAGGAGACUGACGCUUCGGAGUGCCGCCUGGAGACCAUAAGCCAGCUGCUCUCUAACUUUGUCGCCUGCUUGGCCCGAGGAGAAGGGGCUCCAAGAGACCUCUUCCUCAAACUGGGGAGGAUGGCUUAUCAUGGGAUGUGCAAUGGGAUCAGAGUUUUUCCUCUGGAACAGUUGGCAGCCUUUGAACUCCCGUCAGUUCCAGCCUCUCCGCUCCUGUCAGCAUUCUUGCAGAGGGAAGCCGGUGGAGAGCAUGCCGUGGUCACAUUCCUCCAUCCUGUAAUCCAGGAGUUUUUGGUGGCUUGCUCCUGCUUCCUUGAACCAUUGGGCAACAUUGGAGAGGUACUGGAAAAACUGUCCUCCAGAGACAGGCAGGCAGAAUUCUUAGAUCUGUUCCUCGCUGGUCUUUCCUGUCCCUCGGUGAGAAAGCCCCUGGAGACACUCCUGGGAGAGUUUGAGAGCGAACCCCUCCAGAAGACCCUCAACUGGCUCAAGUUCUCCCCUCAACAAGCCCAGCGAAGCUGGUCCAGAGAGCAAUACCUGCGCCAUUUUCAUUUGCUGUACGAAAGCCAGAGUGAGAGCUUGAUCCAAGAGGUUUUCGGAAAGCCGGCGAGCUUGAGUGCCACGUACGCGAGAAUCAGCCUGCUGGACAGCUCCGCCAUUGCGUAUAUCGUGGGCCGCUGUGGGGACCUGGAGAAUCUGCAGCUGAGCUAUUCCCAUCUGACCGAGAACGUGACCAGGCGGCUCCUGCAGGCGUUCAGCUGCUCUCAGAACAUAAGGCUGUCGCAGUGCCAGAUCACUGCGGAGUCCUGUGCCCACCUUGCUUCAGCUCUGCGCAGUGGCAAGACAUCAGACCUGGACUUGACCUAUAACAGCUCCCUGGGGGACCUGGGAGCCAAGCGGCUGAGUGUGGGACUGAAGGAUCCAAACUGCAAGCUACGCACACUGCGGAUGGGGAGCUGUGGCCUGACGGCGGAGAGCUGCGCGGACCUGGCGUCCGCUCUCGGCAGCGGCUCCUCGGAGCUGCGGGAGCUGGAGCUGAGGGGAAACGACCUGGAGGAUGAGGGGCUGAUCCGGCUGAGCGCGGGACUCCGGGAUCCCGGCUGCAAACUCCAGUCACUGAGGCUGGACAUGUGCGAGCUGACGGGGGAGUGUGGGCAGGCCCUGGCCUCUGCCCUGCGCGCCAGCCACUCCGCCCUGCGCACGCUGCACCUGGAGAAGAACGAGCUGGGGGACACCGGGAUGAAGUGUCUGACCACGGCGCUGGAGGACCCCAACUGCAAAUUAGAGCACUUAUUUCUGCACGACUGCUGUCUGACCACGGCGUGCUGUGAGGGGCUCGUCGCGGCGCUGCACUCGAAAGCAUGCCGGCUGACGGAGCUGGACCUGUCCGUGAACGAGCUGCACGACUCCGGGAUGUCCCAGCUGUGCGGCGCGCUCCGGCACCACAGCUGCAAGCUGGAGAAACUCAGGCUGGCCCGGUGUGAGCUGACCAGCGGGUGCUGCGAGGAGCUGGCAGCGGUUCUGUGCUGCCGCAGCUCCAGGCUGAGAGAGCUGGAGCUGGGAGUGAACGAGCUGAAGGACGAGGGAGCGAAGGUGCUGUGGGAGGCCCUGAAGGAUCCCCUCUGCAAACUGGAGCAUCUGGGCAUGGAGCUGACCAACCUGACCGAUGCCUGCGUGGGGGAGCUGUCCACAGCGCUCAGCCUCAACCGCUCCCUGACGUACAUUGAGCUGAAGAACAACACCAUGACGGACGCCUCCGUUCCCACCAUCAUCAAAAUGAUCCGGGACAGCCCCACCCUCCAGAAAAUCAACGUACGCUACAACGAGUUCAGUGAAGAGGCACUAAUGGAGAUGGAUAACUCUGGCUGUGAUAUAGAGUACUGAGAGUCUCUGGACCGAAUGCCACAGAUCCUACACUCACCAAAUAAAAAAAAAAAGCUGUUAUAAUAAUCAUUUGUGCGCUUUAGCUGUGCUGUGCCGACAAGAGCUUUAUGUGCCUUCACUGGGUGCCCAAGCAGAAUGUAGGCAGCUUGGGAAUGGCCAAGCCUGCACAAAUUAAAAGAAGCAUCUCUGAAAGACAUGUUGGACGUCUUCAGAUCCCCUGCUUGGCUGUCUACACCAGACCCAACUGUGACUCAAAAAGCCAAGCUGCCAGAUGUCCUGGGUUUGCUUCGGCUCCAUUCAGAGGCAGUUGGUCUUCCGCUGUCGCUAUGUUUGCAAAAUUGUGUGAAUGUGUAAUUUACCCUGUCCGUUUUGAAACCCAUCUGAUGAAACAAGUUGUAGGUUUCUUUCGGUAACUUAAUUGCAACACUGCAGCCGAAACCAACACAGUUCUGUCCAGGACUGUGCCUCUCUUCUGCCUUUACUCUGCCACACUCUAUAAGCAGUGCAGGCUGGUCCAGUGGUGACACAAGGCCAAGUGUCAACGCUCUGUCAAACUUACAGGAAGACCCCCUCAACACUCUGCAAGCAGAUUGCAAACAAGACACUGCAGUGAUCAGCCAGUUAGGAUAGUGGGCAUUGAGGAGAGAAAGCCGUUCAGUGUCUCACUGUCUGCUCAGACUUGUGGCAAAACCUCUGGCUUGCAAAAAGAUUAGGACGAUUCAGAUCAAACUCGUAAGUUAAGCUUCUUCUUUGCAAAAACAGUACCAUGACCUUCAGUGCUUCCUAUGUGAAAUCAGGCCUGUUUAUUUUGGGAUAAAAUAAAAUAAAAAUAAAGUCUGAAAAGUGAAAUGA